AAAGCAAUGACAAGACCAGACUAUCAGCCAUUAGUAGAUAAUAAAAAAAUAAUAGAGAAAUUACAAGAAAGAAUAACACUAAUGAAUAUGGAACUAAUGACUGAAAGAGAACACAAUGAGAAGAUUGUAAAAGAUAUUAAAGAUUUGACAAGUGUUAAAGACAAAGAGACUAAAGAUGAAGUCUCUAAAGAUGAAGAGACUAGCAAUAAAGAGAAUAGUCUGAAUGGUGAAAUCAAGGAUCAAAUAUGUUCAUUCAUAUUAUAUUGUAAUCAUCCUGUUUCUGAAAAAUUCAUGGAGCUGGCACUUGAAGUGCAUGAAAAUGAAUUACUACCCAGUGUACUGGAUAAAGCUUAUGAGUUAAUGAAACUAGCUCCUUAUAUUCCUAUUGAGAGAUGUCGUUUAGUUAAAUAUAAUUAUGAUGAUGAUUUAAUGGAACAGUCCUUUGAUCUUAAUGAGUUUCAGCAUCAAACUAUUGGACAGAUUGUGGGUGGGGUUAGACAUUAUUAUCCUUUUGGAUUAUUCAUAGAAACUCGUGAAGAAAAUGAAACUUUUGAUAAAUACCAUGAUGGAGGUGAGUGUGGUUCAGGGGCGUAG